AUGGGAACUUUGUUGAUGGACCAUAUUAAGAAGCAGGCGUCUUCUUUUCUUCAAGACAAAUACAAAAGUGCCAGGCUCGCCUUAACUGAUGUUACAGAAGCUGAAGUGUUGGCUGAGUUAGCAACAAACAGUGAUCAGUGUAGUCCAAAUGCCAGAACCAUGACUAUAAUCGCCGAGGCAUCCUAUGGAGUUGAUGAUUAUUGGAGAAUUGUUGAUCUUCUCCAUAGGAGGUUAUAUUGCGUGGACUGGAAGCAAUGGAGGCAGGCAUACAAGUCGCUGAUACUUCUUGAGUUUUUACUAACACAUGGUCCUGAAGAUUUUGCUGAAGAAUUCGUGUGUGACACUGAUGUCAUCCACGAGCUUGGAACAUUUCAAUACAUAGAUGACAAAGGGUUCAACUGGGGUUAUAGUAUGCAAAGGAAAUCAGAAGAGAUACUCAAACUUCUCGGAGCAGGAAAGAAAGUAUUGAAAGAAGCACGUUUAAGAGCACUUAAAGUAACAAGAGAAAUCCAAGGAUUUGGAAGUUCAACAUCACCAGUUUCACCUUCAUCCUCCUCCCCGUCCCCUUCCUCUUGCUCGGCUUCUGAAUCGUCGCGAAAUUCGUCGUUUGGCUCAUUUUCAACUAGUGACAUGAACAAUGAGAUGAAAAAAAUUCCACAAUUUCUAACUACCAUAAAAGAUGCGGAGGGUUAUUCACAAGGUGGAAUAAGAGAUGAUGAUAUUGAGAAAGAUGGAAUUCUGUGUUCAAAGAAUAAAAGUGUUGAAGGAUUGCACAUUUGGGAUUGCCCUUCAAUCCAAGGGACAGGCUGUUUUCUUGAAGGGAAAGAUGAAGAAGAUUAUUAUGAAGAUGAGAAAGGAGGUGGUAAUUAUAAUGGUUUUGUUGGUGGAAUUUUCUCAAAGCUUUCUGGUUUAACUGGUCCUUCAAGAGGUGGUAAUGGCUUUAGGAGUGUCUCUGAUGUUGGGAGGGAGGUAAAGAAGUUCAAUCGUCAAUUUUCACUUUGGUAUUAA